AUGAAUAGAAAUAUCCGACAACGACAAUUAAAUAUGAAAUUGAGUGUUUUGCCAAUAUUCACACCACUGAGUACAUAUAAAAUUUAUCACAUAAAUCAAUCAACACCUACGAUUUUACUACAAGAUUUAAUCACAUUAGCUAGAAAAACAACUAAAUUUACUAUUGAUACAGAAAAUGAUACUCCAACUGAACAAAAGAUUGUAGAUCAGCUACAUCAAUCACCGAAAGACAUCAAUCGAACAAUAUAUAAUACUCCAACAAAACCCUCAGUCCUAAAGGAGAAUCAAGCUGAAAUCCAUAGCCACGAUGUUCAAACGAAUGAUGAAAGACCACCAUUAGUCAACUUUUUGAGCUGUUACGUUAGUCUUACUCAGUAUCAGGAAGAUAAUAGUAUCAAUAUUCCUGCUGUAAAUACUCCAGAAGAUCUUGAACUCGAGCUGCAGCAGUCACAAAAAGACAACGAGAUACUAUCAUUAUAUAAUGUAGAUUCAUAUCUAGAACAUAAGAAUCCAACGAAUACUAUGAUUAUUAUUGAUGUACCAUGA